CAUUUAAAGGCCAGCGCUCCUCUUGCUGUCCAAACCGCCGACGCGUCUCCAACCGACGCCGUGCGCUCAGUUCCGUGUUCCGCGCAUUCCGCUCUGCGCUUCACCUUUUAAUUACAGGGCCGUGACCUCAGGGUGCGCCCCGACCGGCUGACACGCACAGGAGCCGCGCGACGAGCGAGCGAGCGCGCGUGCGUGCGCGCAUAGGUGGGAUCAGGAACAAUGGGUGUGUAGCGACGGAAGAGACACGCGCACAAAAAAACACAACUAAACAAAAGAAGAAGCUCUCAGACGCUUCCUCGGAUCGUACCAUCAAUCAGGAUGUCCAAGCGAAUCAGGCCCGGUUAUUACCGCCAGGACGUCAACAAAACUUCAUGGGAAGUACCGGAGCGGUACCGGGAGCUGAAGCAGGUGGGGACCGGGGCGUACGGGACGGUGUGCUCUGCGGUGGACUCCAGAACGGGAACCAAAGUAGCGAUCAAGAAGCUGUACAGACCUUUCCAGUCGGAGCUGUUCGCCAAGCGGGCCUACAGGGAGCUGAGGCUUCUCAAACAUAUGAAACAUGAAAAUGUGAUCGGCCUCUUUGACGUCUUCACCGCUGACCUCUCUCUGGACAAGUUCCAUGAUUUUUACCUGGUGAUGCCGUUCAUGGGGACGGAUCUGGGGAGGCUGAUGAAGCUUCAGAGGCUGUCCGAAGAUAAAAUCCAGUAUCUGGUUUACCAGAUGCUGAAAGGGCUCAAGUAUAUUCAUUCAUCUGGUAUCAUUCACAGGGACCUCAAACCAGGAAAUCUCGCCAUCAACCAAGACUGUGAGCUCAAGAUCUUGGACUUUGGUUUGGCGCGGCAGGCAGACAGCGAGAUGACGGGGUACGUGGUGACUCGCUGGUACCGAGCCCCAGAGGUCAUCCUGAGCUGGAUGCACUACACGCAGACUGUGGACAUCUGGUCCGUGGGCUGCAUCAUGGCAGAGAUGCUGCAAGGAAAACCCCUUUUUAAAGGCAGCGACCACCUGAAUCAGCUGACGGAGAUCAUGAAGGUCACAGGAACCCCGACUCAGGAGUUUGCAGCAAAACUAGUAUCUGACGAUGCCAGAGGCUAUGUCAAGAGCCUCCCGAAAGUGGAGAAAAAAGACCUCCACAGUGUGUUUUCCACAACUAAUCCACAAGCCGUGGCCGUGCUGGAGCGCAUGUUGCUGCUGGAUCCGGAGAGCAGGGUAAGCGCUGAGGAGGCGCUCAUGCUGCCCUACUUCACUGAGUUCAGAGAACCGGAGGAGGAGACGGUACCGCAGCAGUACGACCACUCGUUAGACAACACGGACCAGUCCUUGGCCCAGUGGAAACGUCACACCUUCACAGAGAUCUUGACCUUCAAACCGGUGGUGCCAGACUCCAAGGAAACUGCGCUGUAAGACAGACCGUGGAGCGGCGUGGGACCAGAACAAACUGUCGUGUCUUUUUCUAAAUCUUGACCUGGGCGAGAACUCUACGCGCUCACAAUUCAAUUCUUCAUUCCAAUUGAUUUUAUUUUGUAUUUCCUUAAAUCACUCAUUUGCCUCAGAGGGCUUUAAAGUCUGUACACAGAAAAAAAAAGGAGCCUUCAGGAGACAGAGGAAGGAUUCCUCUCCCGGGAUUGACGGACUGCAACGGACGUCACGUGUACGGAAUGAACGACAUAAAAGAUGUGCAGUAUGUUCAAUUCAUACGACAGGUGAUUCAAAUAUUCUAAGCCGAGUAGUAAGCCGAGUGCAAGGACAACCACCAUCAGAUACAACCACCAUCAGAUACAACCACCAUCCACAGAAACCAAGCCGUCACGUCUUGGGUUCGACAUUCAAAAUCAUAUUGGUCCUGUAGCUUUCUUCCUGAGUUUAGCAUCAGACCGUCCCACCUUGUCCUGCAGUGUACUGAGUAUAAUAGUUCAGUUGCUGCGAGUCAAGUAUUAAUAUUAAUCAAUAAGCAAAUAGGUAACCAAGGAAUUAGUGAGUAUAUUACUUGAGUCACUUGGUUCAGUUUCCCUUCAGUGGUACAUAUCUUUUUUCCUUGUCGUAUGUUGUUUUGUGAAGUAGCGUUCCCUUAUCUAAGUACCGGUCCUUGAAAAGGACAUUCAAUUUGCAUUAAUGGGACGUCCCUGUGUGUGUGUGUGUGUGUGUGUGUGUGUGUGUGUGAGGGGGGCAGGGGUUACUUACUUACAUGCCUGCUCUGACCUUAUUCAUCUUAGUGGCCUUAAGAUAACAACAAAACGAAAACACUGUCCGGCUGCUGAUUGUGCGAAAUCCAUGCCGGCAGGUUGUGAAACCAACAUUCACAUUAUGGUCAGCUGCCAAAACCAGACAUACAACCGAAACAAAGAAAGUGGCAGACAACACAUUGUCUAUGUUGUCCGCGGCGUCGAUUCGUACGUUGAUUGGUGACUUGACGUAAACACCACUCAUGUGUUUUUAUCAUUAAAGAGUCUCCAAUUAUG